AUUAUUCAAACUACCCUUCUCUUCUGCUUUUUCAGCAUCCUCUCUUGCUUCCUUGAAAACUGCGUUAUCCACUUUUUGCUUUGCUCUACAACCGCCCUGUUCACUCCACACGCCCCGCGCCCCAUGACAUCCCUUGCCAACACAUCUCUCAACCCCGCCGCACUCGACUUUCUCGAGCGCAUCGAACGACAAUUCCAUGUCGAUGACGCACAGCUUCAGAUUAUCGUCGAUCAGUUCCUGAAGGACUUCGAGGCCGGCUUGAAUAAGAAUGGACAAGCACUCCCUAUGGUGCCGACGUAUGUAACCCACCUACCUGAUGGGACUGAGAAAGGGACUUUCCUGGCUCUGGAUCUGGGUGGGACGAACCUGCGUGUGUGCCAGGUCACUUUACUCGGAAACCAACAGGUCGAGAUGAAGCAGUCUAAGUACCGGGUAUCGGAUGCGUUGAAAACUGGAGAGGCGGUUGACUUGUUUAAUUACAUGGCCGACUCGGUCGACCACUUCCUCACAACUACCGAUGUUGCACCUGGUGCUGAGGAUGAGGACUUAUAUCUUGGUCUCACGUUCAGUUUCCCCGUUGACCAGACGGCCAUCAACAAGGGCAAACUCAUACACUGGACCAAGGGAUUCAUGGCCACCAAUGCUAUUGGGCAUGAUGUGAUGCAGAUGCUCCAGGAUGCAUUGGACCGACGACACAUCCACGUCAAGUGCGCCGCGCUGAUUAACGACACGGUGGGCUGUCUGCUUUCACACGCCUACUUUAGCGGUGGCUGUAUCCUGGGCGCUAUUUUCGGCACGGGCACGAACGGCGCAUACGUCGAGGACUUUACCAAGGUGACAAAACUGCCAAAAGGCGCCUUUGAGGGUACGCUACCCAAAAGCAUGGUGAUCAAUAUCGAGUGGGGGGCUUUCGAUAACGCUCGCAAGGUCAUUCCGCGGACUAUUUUCGACAACAAACUGGACAGGGAGAGUAUCAAUCCGCGGUUCCAGGCGUAUGAGAAAUGCAUUUCCGGCAUGUACCUCGGCGAAAUCGUCCGAAAUAUUCUUCUCUACCUGGUUGACAACAGCAUCCUCUUUUCGGGCUACAGUUCAAAGCAGCUCAACACACACUAUGGCUUUGACACCGAACUCAUGUCUAAUAUCGAAAGCGACAAGAGCGACGAGGGCCGGACGGUACGAGAAAUCCUGACCGAGAAGAUGGGCAUCGACGACCAGUCAAUCGGUCCUAACGACAUCGCUAUCGUUCGCUGGGCGUGCAAGAUCGUCGCUGGGCGAGCGGCAAAGUUGUCUAGCUGCGCCGUCGCUGCAAUUAUCCACGAAACACAUUGUGCCGAGGGUAAUGAGGACUUCCUAGAUGUUGGUGUUGAUGGCAGUCUCAUCGCUUUUUACCCCGGAUUUGAGGAUGGCUUACGCGAAUCCCUGCGUACCUUAGUAGGUGAGAGUAUCGAGAAGCGCACACGAAUAGGGCUAGCAAAAGACGGCUCCGGUAUUGGCGCUGCCUUGGGUGCGCUGGGUGCGCUGAAGGCGGAACGGGCGAGGGCAGGAGUGCCGAUGGGUGACGGUGUGGGGUUGAACCACCACUUGCCGAAGGGGUUGGCGAUGACUGAGAUGCACCCAGAGACCGCCGCGGCGUGAUGCGGGAGGAGGGGGCGCGUGAGCAUGUGAUGAGGAGGCUCAAGAGGUUGUAGUGAGGUAUGUGGAGAGCAGCAAAACAUAAUUGUGGUUUCUAUUGUACAAUUGACACG